AGAUCCAGUCCAGCUUUCAGCCUGAGCGUUGCUUGGUGACACCCACAAAAACUUGAAGCUUUGGUAUGUUCGGAACUAUUUUCGUUGGCUGAGAAGAAAUAUACGAACUAACUCGCCAAACUUUGUGUGAAACCGAUCAGAUUUUAUGGAUCUCUGGCAGAUACUGUAGCAGAUCGGUUUAAAGUAAGUAUUCCUCCAAGGCUUCCUGAAGAUCAGAUUCCUUGUUGGGUUACACCCAGGCCUUUGACCUUAGCAGCAUUUGUGAGGUUUGUUUUACUGAUUCUUGCAUUGUCAUGGUCUUAAGGAAGUUACUGAAGCACAGACAUUGUUUUCCAUUUAAAUUCCACCAAGAGCAGGAGGUGCAAGAGCAAAUAUGUUCCAACAAAGGACAGCAAAGUUUACUCUUAGAAAGAUCAGGUUCAUAUGCAAAGCCUUUUCUUAUGGCAGUGGUAGCACUGAAUUUGUCAUUCUUAGUUCUGUGAAAGCAUUUUACACAGAAUCAAUUAGUAUUUUUUAUUAUGAUAUGAUUAUAAUCAUUCAAUGCUCGCCAUGCAAACUUUAGUAAAGUAGCACUUUAGAAUUACAAUAAAAUAUCAUAAUUUGUCGUUAAUUACAAGUGUAGUUGUUUUGUGUGUGUGUGUGUGUGUGUGUGUGUUCUUUCAUGUUGCACAAGAAGAUAAUGGACUUUGUCCUAUGCUUGUAUAAUAUGCAGUCCACUUCUUUGCAGUGUGUGCAGGACAUCAGGUGCACUCUUUCACGUACACAUUCAGUGCCAAGAGAAAAAAGGAAACAGCACAGUGACACAGCAGAACAUGAGAUUGACUGAUAACCCUCCAUGCACAGCAGCCCCCUCCCAUUAUGCAACCCUCCCUGCUUGUUUCUUACUUAAUAUUUUUAUUAUAUAAAACCCAUUGUAUUGGACUGCUUCACAAAUUCAUUUGUCAUGUGUAUCAAAAUAAUUUGCAUAUUGAUUAGUCAGCAGAAAAAAAGAGUAACUAACUGAAACUCAAAUUUUUUAUCAAUUGAAGAUUUGCUUAAUAACAUUAUUUUUAUACGCUAGUUAAUAUUAUUUGCAUAGCCUGACAACUUUAGAGUUUGUAUUAUCAAUUGUUGUAAAAGUUCUCAAUUCUAAAAACUAUUCUAUCUCAAAUUGAGUCAAAUACAUUGUGUUUGUGCUCCCUCUAAUGGUUGCUUUUGAAUGACAUGCAGCUCCAUUGCCUAGAUUUGCUUUAAUUAUGCACUGUGAUAUUGGUCUUUGUAUCUGCUGUUUAUACUUUCAAAUAGCUGAUCGUAACAUUGUAGAAAGUGCAGGAUAAAAGAGAGUAUCAUUGUUUAUAAUUAGCAGCAUCAGAACAAUUAGAGCGUGUAAAUGACCACAAAAUAGUUUUAUUUACGCAUUAUUUUGCCUAUAUGUUCAUAUUAUGCAUUGACCUUUAAAUCUAAUUUUAGUUUAACUUUUCCUUAAGCAUAUCAGAGGCAUCUUUAGGGGCAUGUUGAGAUAUUUUAUAUCUUUGAAUUGAACAAUACAUUGUCCAAAUAUUUUCAUUUUCACAAAGAGAGCAGUAGCACAUAUACAUUAUACACAUUCCAGUAAUGCAGGACAUACAGCAGCGUUUGCAUAACCUAAAGAGGAUAGAGGAAUUAAGUACAGCAUUUGGGGAAUGAAUAAAGAAUUGGCAAAAGAAGAGAGUGAAGGGUGAAAUAUACAUUCUCUACCCAUUUCUUGUUUGAUUGUCAAUGCAUUUCACCCAGCACAUUGAAUCCAGAUGGAGAUGAGGAGAAAGAACAAGUUAACAACUCAGAGUCUCUUGGGAAUUUUGGCUACACAUUUGCUAGAUCUUGCCAUCACCGAGUGUAUGGUUGAUAUACAUCUGUCAUGCAUUAUUGAGGGGCUGCCAAAGGUGCUUCUCUGGCUUUAGAAACUAUGUCAGGGGUGUCUGUCAGGAAUGAGUUUUAUCUUUGACUGUUCAUUCCAUGUUAAUUCACAUUUAUCCAUUCUUUAAAGAAAUAAUAUGUUUUAACAUACAUUACAAUGUAAACAAAGCUUAACCGAGUCUGGAAAGGCUUUGACCCUACUUCAAACAAACAUUUUCUCCCAAUCAGUGAGGAUUGUACCGCUGGGGUCAGUGACUGUCUCUGUGUAUUAAGAGGAAAUUGCUUGAUUUACAGUGAUUUCAGCACAUGUUUCACAGAGCUGGAGCCUCUCCCAACUUUCCAGACAUUUUUAAGAAGGUUUCUGUGUCGGCCAAGUUGAUUGGACAUAAAAUGCUGAGGUGUGUUGGACUAAGGUUUAACCCCCCCUUGGGUAAUCAUCAUUAUAUUACUGCAUGUCCAAUUUGGGUUCCUCGGGGUGCUUCAAAACAAAGCAGCCAAUGCUUUCACACUCGGCUUGAAUGCUGCGAGUCCAAGCCUCCGUCCCGAAGAGAAUUCCCCCUGAAAUCUUUAUGGUGGGAUAAUUUGUUCCACAUGCCAGAGCUCACCCACUAAAUCACAGGGUCCCGGUAAUCAAUGCUUCCCUGUCUCAUUAUGGUGUGUUGUGCUGUCUCAGAGCAGGCUUCUGGAGGAUAAAUGUUCUCUUAGAUACAGACAAUUCCUUGAAGUGUAAGUCAUGUUCUGGAUAGGCAUCACCAAGCUGGGUAUGUGUCCAAUCAGAUGCGGUCAGCGAAUUGGCCGAGAGAUUUACGUUGCAAUUCGUUUGCCGAGAGGACGUUCUUGUUUGCGUUUCUGUUUCUAACUAUCUUUGUUGUUCUGUCUCCAAAGCAGAACUCUUUUAACACAUCACUCAGAUACUGUAAUGCUGGAGGAACUCCUUUUAUUCCUCCUUGUAGUUGAUCUGCAUAGCUAAUGUUUUGGAUUAUUUUCCCAUCUUUUAGGAUUUAGCGAAAAGUAUAAUCACUCUCGCCCUUCAAGUUGAUCCAAAGUUGUUUAAUGCACUGGAUUAUAUUCCUAAAGACUCAAAGAUCUGAGGCAGAUGAUAGUAAGACCAUUUCCUCUGAAAUCUGGAGCUUAUUUCUGUGUAAAAUGACCACGUGCAUGUCACUUCCGGCAGUCGUGUGUUUCCCAGGAACAGCUACUUCAUUCAGAGAUAAUUAUACCUUGUUAAUCCGUUUGUAUGGCUUUCAUUUAUCUUAAGCCUGCUGAGGUUGUUGUGAUUACCACAUCUUGAUUUGUAAAUGUAAAUUUCCUGAGGUGUGCCACUUAUAUGACAUAACAUUCUUAAGAACGCAUUUACUCAGCAUAAUACAUAUGCAUGAGUAAACGGUUCUGAAGAGUAGAAUAUAUUUAGGAACAAGGUGUUUAGAAGUGCAGAAGACAUAAGCAUGAAGUUAUAGGAUAAAGGCAGAAUUAAUGAAUGUGGUGGGAGUUCUCCCUUCCCUUGAGGGCUCUGUGAGAUGAAUGGUCUUUGUCCCCAUUCACAGACUUUGGAUGACAUCCCUCUUGUUAUAGCAUUGUAUGGUGAUAACUGGAAAGGAAGUCCACUCACUCAUUUACGAGACAGAACCAGCGUGGAACUAACGGUAAACCCGGCAUUAACAAGCAUUUUUUCUACAAUAGAUAAAGUGCCGCUUUGUGGCUUGCUGACCCACGGGCGAACUGACUGUCAUGGUUAUUGUUUCAAAACACACUUUCUCACCGAGUGGGUGACUCAAUGACUAGGACCAUGUCUCCAUCUGCUCAUAACCACCAUUAGUCAAACAUUACUCAUGACAACUUUGAGGCGUUGGUAUUGAAUUGAUCAUUUUCCAUUGAUUUAAACAGCAAAACAAAAACUUUCAUGUUUUUGGAAACUUAUUGUCUUGCAUUUUUAAUAACCCUAUUUCACUUAUUUUAUUGUUAACAGAAUAUUGUUUUUUACUGUCAUAAUUCUUUCUCUAUAUAAUUAAAAUGAAAUUACAUUCUAUAUCAUUUACAGAAUUGUAUUCCACCUUUUCAAGAAACUAUUGGCAAAAUAGUAUAAAAUAUUUGCAAAAAACAUUUUCUUUUUAUAUUCCAUGGAACAUUUGGAAUAUAGAAAAUAAUAUUAUUUCGGAUCACAUUAUCUGCAUUUAUUCAGUUCUGUUCCAAAAAAGUAGUAAUAAUAUACCAAUUUAAUAUAAAACAGACAGUAUGACAGAUACAAGGGGUGCGGAAGGUGAGUUAAAUUGUUACUUCUUCCAGUCAACUGUCACAGAAUGCAGUUGCUCAACUUUAAAUGAUUAUCCAUAUUAAGGUUGAAGGUAAGAUUUCUCAUUAAGAGAUUCUUCUGGCCCACAGGUCUUUUACAAGGGAAGAGAUACUACACUGCUCUAGAUACAAGACCUGCUCGAGACAAGCGGAGGGCACAGACAGAAAGAAGGGAGGAAUAAAACGAAAUAGGCAAAAUGACUUGGAACUGUGUGGGAAGACAUGGGAGGAGCUUACAAAGUAUAAACUUGGAUGUUUCCUAGCAGUGGAGAGCCUCAGCACGGUAAACGAUGCCAAAAGUAAAUGAAGAGGACGAAUGCACCGUCGCGUUAACAGAACAUUUGGCGGAUCUUGUUUAAAGUUCAGUCUUCUGGAACAUCUGCGAGACGCCAGCAGUCAGGAACUGACGCUGAGAUCAAUUCUUCGGGUGCACUGGAGCUGGAAACGGUGUGGCAUGCGUGGAUCAAAUAUUCCUGCAUAGUCCAAAUACACUCUCUUGAACUAAAAGAAAGAAAGCGAACUUAUUUCGUAAGAUGAUCUGCUUAUUGUUUUUGUUCCACUGUGCUGCCGGCGUGUUGUCGUCUUCAACCCAGGUGGCUACAAUCUACCCUCAAGAUCCAGCCCUUUCCAUCGGCUCCAGCCUGACAGCCACAUGCUCAGUGAAUCCAGACCAUGGUGUUCACGCAGGCUCGCUCUACUGGACGCUGAACGGAAAGCGUCUUCCCAGCAGCACGUACAGCAUUCUGAGCCCCACCGUGAUCAGCGUCACCCUCCCGCGGCUCUCCGGGUCCCGCCAGCGCUCCGGAGACAACCUCGUGUGCCAUAACAGCGGGGGUCAUGUGCUGGCCGGCUCCUGCAUCUAUGUUGGCAUGCCUCCUGAGAAACCUGUGAAUCUUACCUGCUGGUCCAGGAACACUAAAGACCUCACCUGUAGAUGGGCCCCUGGGGGCCAGGGGGAAACCUUCAUCAAGACAAAAUACACACUCAAAUAUAAGCUCAGGUGGUACGGACGAGAAAAGGAGUGUGAGGACUAUAGCGCGGGAGAUCCAUAUACAUGCUACAUCCCCCGCGACCUCGCCCUCUUCACGCCCUACGAGAUAUGGGUGGAGGCCUCCAACCAACUCGGAACCGCAACAUCUGACGUCAUCUACUUGGAUAUCUUAGACGUGGUGACGACAGACCCACCGACUGAUGUGACCGUGAGCCGAGUGGGCGACCUGGAGGACCAGCUGACUGUGCGCUGGGGGACACCGCCUGCAUUAAAAGACUUCCUCUUUCAGGCCAAAUACCAGAUCAGAUACAGACUGGAGGAAAGCAGCGACUGGAAGGUGGUGCAUGAUGUUGGGAACCAGACUUCCUGCAGGCUCGCAGGGUUGCAGCCAGGCACGGUGUAUUUUGUGCAGGUGCGCUGUAAUCCGGUCGGGAUUCUGGGAUCUAGGAAAGCAGGCAUUUGGAGUGACUGGAGUCACCCAACUGCAGCCUCAACACCACACAGUGAGCGGCUGCUGACAGGGUCAUGUGACUCGAAGGUGGGGCAGCAGAACUCCACAUUGCGGCGGGAUUUAAAGCAGUUCUUUGGCUGGCUGCGCAAACACGCCUACGGGUGCAGCGGUAUGAGUAUCAAACUUUAUGAUCAGUGGCGGGUCUGGCUGCAGAAAUCUCACAAAACACGCAACCAGGUUCUUCAAGGAGAUAAAUCAUAGCACGUCGCAUCACUCCUGGCAGGCAGAACAUUUUAACAACAACAGCACACUGUGGAAGAAUUCACAUUUUCCAGACUGCUGCUUGGCUCAGUGCAAGAAACUAAAAAGUACAGCUGGACUCAAAACGGCAUGUUCAAACAACAAAAGGUGACGGGCAUUUGGUCCCUCGGACACAGACUAAAUUGUGCAGUUCUCUAAAAUGCCUUAUUAUACAGGAAAACAAACUGUCUUUGAUAAUAGCCACAGAGAUCAUGUGGGCUAUAUCUUCGCAACUCACUAUCCAUGGAGAUAAGUUCUUGAUCGUGUCGGGGAGCAAUUAAUUAAAGGUCAUAAUUUGCACAUUUACUGAUGACUAUGCACGAGCCAUGCUUAGCCGACGUGACACAUGGUGUUUAUGUGGACCCAUGACGUUUUCAAAUCUUGCUAACAUUAGCUGACCUGUAUGUUAAAGAGGUUCCUCAUGGACAAGUGGAAAACAUCGCUGUUUUUCUUCAGCCAGCGUUUUGUGUAACUUCAAGACAACUGGAAUAAUAUUAAAACCAUCCAGUUUUACCAAAGGUACCUUUCAUGAAUGUUUGAGUGACUACAGUAGUUUACCUAAAAAUCUGACAGGUAUACCUCACAGAACAUCUUGCCACUUUUUAGUCUCCUGUUUCUUUAAGUAACCAGUACAUGCCGUAUCAAAAGUUGCAAUGCAAUGCUGAACAUAUCAAUACAUAG